UUUUAAUUAAACCUAUAGACCACAAUCAAAGAGAUCUUAUCGCCCCAGAUUAAAAUCGGUCUGCGAACUUCAGGUCACCUUCUUUUAGGAGUUGUGCGGAUAUACUCGAGGAAGACCAGAUACCUUCUCACAGAUUGCAGUGAUGCAUUGGUCAAAAUUAAUGUGGCUUUCCGUCCAGGACAGACAGAUCUGCCUGAGGGUGCGAUGGAGGCCACGUUAAAAACUAUCACUCUACCGGAGGACUUCACUGACUUUGAUUCCAAACUGCCUGAUCUCAACACCAUUGAUGUGGUCGAUCACUUCUCUUUGAACCAGUGCCGCACUGAAGAUAUUACUCUCAAAGAGACCUUUGAGAACCACUUUCUCACCAUGGAGAGAAUUGGUGAGGAAAUCCAGUCAUAUCAAGGAUUGUUUGAUCAGAGUUUCAGUGUCCAUGGUGACUGCUUUGGUGAUGAAGAAAUGGCUGUCGACCUCAUCGAUUUUAUAGCGAAUACUACAGAUGAUGCUGUGGUGCCUGAUUUCUAUGAGGACACCCCUAAUGAAUUACCAGCUACACCUCCUCCUACUGCUGUCACCGCAGCAGGAAAUGAUGAACAUUCCUGUUUGAAGGGUAGGACCAGUCCAGCCCUGACUGAGACCACUUUCUUGGUAAAUGCAGAUGAAGGCUUUGCUCUUGCACCUGUUGCUGGCACACCGUCUUCGGCAAGGAAAAGAAGUUCGAGGAAGCGGAAGCUAGUGAUCGACCGGUCAAAGGAACUAACAAACGAUGACAUCAGGAAUCAAUUGGGUGACUGCUCUGAUCUUUUAACCCCAUUGGAGAUAGCCCCGCCCACUCGGCAGCUCAUGGAGUGGAGGGAAAGUGGAGGAGUGAAGCAGCUGUUCUCCAGUUUUUGUCUGCCACUCUUUCACCCUAACUUAAAGCAGCUGUUCCCUUGUGGCACAUCACGUAGGAGACCAGGCUUGGAGGGAGGAGCGAGACAGCAGACUGACCCUGAGGAAAUGAGAGAGCAACCUAGAGAGGCAGUCUGGGAGAGCACUGCUCAGCCGGUGCUGGAUGACUGGAGUUUGCUGCAAGAGUCUGUUGGUCCAGAUCAACCAGCAGGUGAAGACACCACUGUAGAAGCAUCCGUCACUCGUCCAGAACCUCCACCGCUGUGGAACACCACCAGUGAGGAGAGUAGGUUGGAUGUGUCGUAUCCAGAGCCUCUCUCUGAUACCUCCAUGUUUGUUCAUCCUUCUGGAGGGAUGAGGGAAACCCCAGUGACACAGACACAGUCUGCUCUGAAUAGCCAGGAUCUGGAGGAUAAAAGAAUGACCAGUCGGGCACACGACCUCCUCCAGGCACUCAAAAGACAAGACUCUUCUCCAGAGGCCGUGUACAGUCUGCAUGCUUUAUGUGAGAGCAGCAAUCGUUCAUAUGUGGCAGCCAUAUUUUUCUGCCUGCUGGUGUUGAGGAAACAACAAAUCCUCAACCUGCACCAGAGCGCCCCAUACAGUGACAUCAUCGCCACUCCUGGGCCUCUCUUUUCCUCCCUCUAGAACAGGCAGCCAUGAAGCAACGGAGGGAAAACCUUUAGAGACGUUAGAGCUCAUUAAAGGGCUUUGCUGUGUCAUACACGUUCUUGGUUGGAAGCAAAUUUGAUGGAUUUCUGUAAAAAACAAUUUUGACAUUGUGUUAGAAAUUCCCAUAGAGACCUGCUAAAAAGUGUGUCUGAUCUAUGAAAUGUGUCUGUAUAGUGUUAUACUGUUUCUUAAAAAAUAUAUAUAUAUAUAUAAUACCCAGAUCUGUAUGAGCUGGGUUAUGGUUGAAAAUUACCGUAGAGUAGCACACAAAAUAUCAAAUGAACCUUACUAUGAUUGUUUCAGUUUAACAAAUUUCAUGAACUAAGUUAACUCAAUCUUUGUUCAUUACUUGAAUGGAUUGAAACUCAAGCCUGAAUAGGUCUUUGUCUUUUCAUCCUUCAGUUUAAUGUAAUAAUAGGUAUGUUCCAAAAACAGUUCUUCUCUGUGUUGAUUAAUAUGAUCUGCAUGUUCUUUUUACCCAAUUCUUGAGACCAUUAAAUGUACAAAUCAAAUAAAUAAUUAUUGC